AUGCCGCGGCCGGGUAGCAAGCGAACUCACGGUAGACACUUGACAGCUAAACAAGAGUCCUUGUCGCAUGAUUAUGAGCCAGUUCAGGUUCAAGCACAGCUAGAGGAGCGAUACCGGGAACUAGACGCUUACGAAGCCGCGGAGUCGACGAGCCACGGCCUGCUCGCGUCCGCGGUGGCGACGUGUACGCUUUCCGACGACAGUGACGACGUUGCCGAACAACAGGAGUUUCGACUCACGGAGGAUGAAGUUGUAGAACAAGGUUUGGAGGAGCCCUCUGUCCAGAACUUUGACUACUGGUGGUGGUUGGCGGGGCUGCUUCCCUUGUUGGCGGAGGCUGGGCACCAGCCCCAGACGCCCGGCAACGUAAACUUCCGGCACCUCGGCGAGCGAGCCUGUCAUGUCCUCAGCACACUGGCCGCAGAUGAAGAGAUAGAGAACUGUACGCUUUCACGUAUUCUCGCACAGAGAACUGCCCGCGGGGCUGAGGAAUCCUCCUCGCUGGAUGCGUGGCUCGGAAUCUGA